AUGUUCAUUGGAUAUUGUUCAAUAUGUCCUAAAGAGAUCUCAGAACAUUAUGUUUCCCUGACCAAAGUGUCCUCCAAAUCGACUGAAUGUCAUGUUACUUAUGAAUCACGUAAUCCAAAUAAACUGUUCUUGGAACAAGAAUAUAUAUAUAUGAUGACCUUUCAACGUGAAUUCAAAGUAGUUACAGCCUUCAUAUAUUUACAGCAUUUGGCCACAUUGUAA